AUGCACGCAACGUUCAGGACCUCACGUACAAUUGCAGAAUUUUUCGAAAUUACUGCAUUGGUGUUUUUGAUCAAAGUUAAUUUUGAAACGAACUCUGUACAAUGUCUAGGUUUUUCUACGAGGUAUUUGAACGAGAAAUGGAUUGGGCGUUACGAAGAUACUCACGAAUAUGUGGAAUAUCACAACAAUCAGUGGCGCCCACUCUCCGAAGAGGACCGUCAGUUCAUUCAACAACUCUGGUAUGAGCAAGAGGCUGCUGAGACACAGGCAUGUCAUUUGAAGGACUUCGAUUGGAAUGCAACUAAACAAGAGUGGCAGCGAGCAGAUGAGUCAAUUGAUGACUUCAUCGCCACUUAUCAGGCCAGCUAUGGGAUUCAGUAUGACUAUAGUAAAAUUGGUGGAGAAAGAAAGGCAGAGUAUGAAAAACUAAAAAGUAACUCUACGGAAAAAAAAGUCGAGAAGAAGGCCGGAGGAGCAGCAGAGGUUCAAGGCUGGGUUGAUAUGCAAGAAAAAGUACACGCCGUCUACGUAAGCAAUUUGCCCACCGACAUCACUUAUGAAGAGUUUAAGGAAUUCAUGUCAAAGUGCGGUGUUAUACAACCCGAUGCACGCACGAAUAAGCCGAAAUUGAAAUUAUAUGUCAAUGAAGAUGGCCAGCUAAAAGGCGAUGGAAGGUGUUGUUAUAUUAAAAAGGAGUCUGUUGAUUUAGCGCUUUCAAUUCUGGAUGGGUACAAUUUAAGAGGAAAAGAAGUGAGGGUAGAGAAGGCGCGUUUCGAGCUCAAAGGUGAAUUUGAUCCAUCGAAAAAGCGUAAGAAGCUCACUAAUGCACAGAAGAAGAGGUAUAUGGAGAUUCAGAACAAAAUAUUUGAGUGGAAGCCAGAUAAGCCACGCAAUUAUCGUCCAAUUUCGGACUGUACUGUGGUCAUUAAGAAUUUGUUCACGUUGACAAUGAUGGGGAGGAAUGCGGCAUUAAUGAUGGAUCUAAAGGAAGAAGUCCAAGAGAGCUGUUCGAAAUAUGGCGUGGUCAAGAAAGUGGUUGUUUACGAUAACAAUCCCGAGGGCGUAGUCACAGUAACUUUUGAAACUACGGAUGGUUCUGACAUGGCUGUAAAGAUGCUAAAUGGACGAAUUGUGGAUGGACGACGGUUAGAAGUGGCUCUUUGGGAUGGAAAAACAAAAUACAAAAUUGAAGAGACAGAAGAGCAAAGGCAGCGACGGUUAUCUGCGUGGCAGAAUUUCUUAAAAGGAAAUAGUGACGAUGACGAGGACAACGAAGAAUCAUCCGAUGCGAAAGAAUGCAGUGCUAAGGUGAUAUCACAAGCACCCAAUGUUGAUACCAGCGAAGAUGAUAGUGUGCCUCGGAAAAGGCCAAAGGUUGAUGAAGGUGAUCACGACUAG